CAGACUAGCAAUCCCUUGCAAGAGCAUGAAUGCUUUUAUUCUAUUAUCCCACACAGCAAAAUAGUUUGUUGGAAUCAAAUAUAUGAGUGUUUGAGAAUCAGAGCGGGAUCGCUAAGCGAAAUCAAACGCUCUGCUUGCUAUAUAGCUACCAACUUCUUCAGAUAAACAUACCGUGGCUUGAAACGACACCAGCGCCAUUUCAUUUCCGAGACUUUUGGAUUGUGAGUACUUCUUCUGCUAAGGUGUAACGCUCAGAGCGGGAUUGCUAAGGCGAAAUGGAACGCUCUGCUUGAUAUAGCUACCAAUUUCUUUAAAUGUUCAUACCGUGGCUUGAGUCGACACCAUCAGUGCCAUUCAAUUUCCAAGACUUUGGGAUUUACUUCUUCUGCUAAGGUGUCACAGAAGACUCCAUUAACAUGCCGAAUCAAGCUUCAUCAAUCGUGGUUACUUCAAUCCCUCCACCUUCCCCUCCCUCUGUUAUAUCACAAUGGCGGGAUGGCUUAAGUGACGAGGACGAAAGCGGGCUACCUAAAAGGAACAACACCUUCUUCGGCAUAUUGGCCAAGUGUUUUUGGAGCUUUCCCGUGACAGUCUGUGUCAUUGAGUUCGUGCUGCUCAUAUUAAUGGGUGCUACGGUUGUCUCUUUAUAUGGUUCGCCUGCUUUUGAUGAUGCAUCAAAGGGCGUUGAAGCCAGAGGAACCCCUAUCCACGAUCGCCUCAUCGCGUUUGAGAAUCUUCUGAGAGAGGAAGAACUCUUUUCUGUCUUACCAAACGGAGUCGACAUCGCAUCCGUGGAUGAACUCGAUGAUCAGUCAUCAACACAAUCCGUCGAAGACAUCACACAACCAGAAGGCACUAUUAACUUUUGUGGCACUCCAGAUUUCAGUGGAUUUCGAAUGGUUUGCGAGUCUUCAUCACCAUCUAACCCCAACCUUCUCACACGGGAGCACCUGAUUUCAAUGUGUCGUCAUGAUGACGUUAUCGUUCGCAACACGUCCCACUUUCAAACAGCUUGUAAGAAAGACGCAUCGGGUUCCUGCUGUGCCACAUGGUCUCUCGCCAACUACAUCGUGACUAUGAACAACAGGGUUUCCUGCUUUGGCAUCACGGGUGAUGACGUUGAUCGCAUGAUGGCUCUCCUUCAGCACUGCGCACCCUUUUACAGUUCCGGCGAUCUGCAACCCGGGUGCAGUGAAGAACAGAAUUGCUCAUCGCGGGUACCUGUUGAAUGCAUCGGAUAUGAUGAUGCGGUGUACUUUAUCUUCUAUGCUCUGACUCCUGGAUCAUUCUCAUCGUCUCUGAACACCGGUGAUGCCGAGUUAACCCUAAACCUUCACCUGUAUCCUUUGAGUGAUGAUGCAGACGCACUGAAGAUGAUCUACCUGGAAAACAUCUACCACCAAUCUCUGGAUGAUGGGGUUACCAUGGUUAUAGGCAUCGGAGUGGAUACCCGGAAGGUCAAGUUAAGCACCUACUCCAAUGCACUCCGAGGAGACUUCCUCUACGUCGGCAUAGGAUGUGCCGUCAUUGUGGCCAUCAUCUGGAUCUACAUGGAGUCUCUGCUCACAGCCAUCCUGGUCCUGUUGCAGAUGGCACUGUCGCUGAUGCUCGGAUACUUCUUCCAUUUUGUUGUGUUUCGCUUCGCGUUCUUCCCGUUCAUGUCGCUCCUGGCGGUGAUCCUUGUGAUAGCUGUAGGUGCAGAUGAUGCCUUCAUAUUCAUGGACAUCUGGAGGAAGAAUCUAAAACUAUCCACAGACCAGUCUCGAGUGAACGACUUGAGGACAACUCUCAAGGAGGCCACACUCACCAUGUUCGUCACGAGUUUCACCAAUGCCGCUGCGCUUUUUGUGACCGCCUUCAGUGAUGUUACAACUGUUCGUCUCUUCUCCAUCUACUCCGGAAUGGUGAUCUUAGCAAACUUUUGUCUUACGAUCAUCUGGCUUCCACCUGCAGUCAUGAUAUCAGAGAAGUAUAUCCACAGGAGAAAGGUGACGUCCGAACCCUCUUCUGCAAAGCAUAAAGUUUUCUUCGCAAAGACAAAGAGAAAAUUGGGUGAUAUCAUUCAUUCUUUCUUUAGGGUUCAUCUACCGAAGUUUGUUCUAAGAUUUCGUUUCGUCUGGCUGAUUUUGUUUCCCAUUCUCUUUAUUGGGUCGUUAGUUGUUGUUUUCUUCAAGCCAGGGCUAUCUCUACCAUCUGGUGGUGAUAUAAUGCUCUAUAAACCAGCGCAUCCCAUCGAAAGGUACGAUCAAGUUCUUAAGUGGAAAUUCGACUUUGAAAAUGCAAGCGUUUCUCAGCUCCCGAUCAUUGUAGUUUGGGGAAUCAUUCCGUUAGACAACGGGGAUCAUUGGGACCCCGACGACAGGGGUCAUGUUCUCUUAGAAGCACCAUUGAACCUGUCAAGCCAAGACAGUCAACAGUGGCUAUUAAACUUUUGCCAGGAGAUGCGUCGACAGGGCUUCUAUCAAAGACCGACGAUGAUCACCGAAGACUGCUUUAUUGAAUCCUUUGGGCAAUUCAUGCAACAACCUUGUGUACAACCUGCAAUUGAAGGGGAUCAGAUAGAUAGAUGCUGUAAUCAAGACACCUUUCCUUUGCCAUCAGUUCUCUUCGAUGAAUGUCUACCGCUAUUUAUAGCAGAUCGUUGCAAGAGGUAUCCCUGUAAUUCGCCAAUUCCUGGUCCGCGCUUCGGCCCUAACAACUCGAUAAGUGCCCUUUAUGUGCAAUUCGAAAGUUCCGUUCUUGAAAGAUUCGAGUUUCAAGAGACGAAUGAGUUUUGGAACAAUGCUUCAUCCUGGGUCAAUGACCAAAUGCAAUCUGCCCCGGAAGGACUCCGAAAGGGUUGGUUUGUGACCUUCAGUGACAAACAACCUUACUUUCUUGACAACACCCUAGGCUUCGCAAGAGGAGCCCGGACUUCCCUGGCCUUGUCCAUCGCCAUUGCUGCAGGUGUUGUCCUCCUAACCAGCCGCAACAUCAUCAUGGUGCUCCUGAUUAUCCUGUCGAUCGGAGGCGCGGUGAUCACGGCAUUGGCGGCUCUGGUCUUCGCCGGCUGGGAGCUUAACGUCUUCGAAUCGUCGAUGAUGGCACUGAUCGUCGGUCUGACGGUAGACUUCACGUUGCAUUACGGCGUCGCGUAUCUUCACGGCCCCGACACCGAUCGUCGGUCUCGGAGCCACUACUCCAUCUCGACUAUCUCGCGCGCCAACUCGAUGGCGGCGUUAUCCAGCUUCGUCGCCGGGUCUCUCAUGCUCCCAGCCGAUGUCAUCAUCUUUACCCAGCUCGGCAUCGCUCUCCAGAUCAUCAUGGUGUGUAGUUGGGCGACUGGAACUUUCUUCUUCAUAUCGCUUUGCCGCACGAUUGGACCAGAAAAAAAUCACGGCAAGUUGUCUUCUUUUUGUAAAAAGAGUGAUGGGAAGCCGAUUACUCCCGUUAUUUAA